AUGGGCAAUUCUGUUCAGCACAAAAGAAGAAAUCCAGCAAAUUGUUUGGGUUGUAUGGGUUAGGAUAAUGAAGGGUUUGAUUUGAAUGAACUUUAAAUAGGACUCGAUGCAGAUAAGGCUAGAGGUUUUUUAAGUCAUUAAUGUAUAGGUAGAAUCACCUAACAAUCAACUGCUUACUUGACUGAAAAUGAAAAGAACUUUUUUAAAGCAGCAUCAGGCAGAAAUUUAGGUUUGAUACGCUUUUACCUAGGCAAAGGAAUCAACAUAAACAUUUUAGAUGAGGAACGGACAUCACCAUUGCACAUAGCUUGCAGAUAUGGUUCAAUACAGGUCGUUGAAGAACUCAUUAAUAACAAUGCCAAUUUGGACAUUACUGAUAUGGCUGGUUGGACUCCAUUACAUGUGGCAGCAUUCUAUUAGAGAGCUUAAGUUUGUUAAUUGUUGUUGAAGUCAGGAGCUGAUUUUAGAACACGAAAUCGUGAUGGGAAUCUAGCUCUAAGAUUUGGUGAGAGACAAAAUGACAUCAGAAAUCUUCAAACAAUCAUAGGAUCAAUUAUAACAUAAUAGUGA